AUGAAACCCGAUACGCGGAGCAGACUUGGCCGUCGUUGCUGGCGACCUUCGGUCAGCCCGCUGGCCCGCAAUUUUCGGCAUCUGUCGACGCGUCGGAAGUGCCGCAUGCGCCUCUCCAAAAGACCCGGUGUCGCCAAGGCACCCGCGAGCUCUGCGCCUCGGUCGGCGCGCCACUGCGGCCCAUAUAGCCGACUGGAAGCGCUGCUUCGAUUCCGUCUCAUUGGGAGCGACGGCACUACGUCUUCUGCUCGCAUCACAUCCGGUCACUGUCUAAUAUGGAUGUGCAUGCAAAAGCGCGCGUCUCUCCCACCCUCUCAGAAUUAUAGUAAUGCGAAUGGAUACUCUAUAGACAUGCAUUCCGGGGGCCGCAUGAGCAAGCUUGGGAAUACUGGCGGCAAUACAACGGCCAAUUCCCGCCGUUGCAAUGCGCGAAACGCCUUGGGCCGCAUUGACGUUAGGUCGCGUUGCCAUGGAUUUUCGCCUUGA